AUGGUUAACGUCCCAAUUCGGGGUGAUUCUCACCACUCCUCCACCAAGGCUAUCAUCUUGGUCGGAGGUCCUUCUCGUGGUACUCGCUUCCGCCCGCUGUCGCUCGAUGUCCCCAAGCCCCUGUUCGAAGUCGCUGGUCAUCCCAUCAUCAAUCACUGCCUGAAGGCUGUCGCCAAGGUCGAUGAUGUGCGCGAAGUCAUCCUGAUCGGAUACUACGACGAGUCUGUCUUCCGGGACUUCAUCAAAGAAGCGGCAAAGGAGUUCCCCCAGUUCCGCAUUCAGUAUCUCCGCGAAUACACGGCGUUGGGUACCGCGGGUGGUUUGUACCACUUUCGUGAUGCGAUCCUCAAGGGCAAGCCCGAACGUCUUUUGGUGCUGAAUGCCGAUGUCUGCUGCUCAUUCCCUCUGGGCGAGAUGCUGCGGUUGUUCGAGGAAAAGGAUGCGGAGGCCGUCAUCCUGGGUACGCGCGUCACCAACGAAGCCGCGUCCAACUUUGGCUGCAUCGUGUCCGAUUCCCAUACCAAGCGUGUCCUGCACUACGUUGAAAAGCCCGAGUCGCACAUCUCCAACUUGAUCAAUUGCGGGGUCUACCUUUUCGCGACGGAGUGUAUCUUCCCCGCCAUUCGCAGCGCCAUCAAACGCCGCACCACCCGCCCUCGCUUCCUUUCCUACCCCUCCACGGACAACCUCGAGUCAUCCUUCGUCGCUGGUGAUGAUGAGGAUGGUGAAAAGAACGAGGUUCUGCGCUUGGAGCAGGACAUUCUCUCCGAUCUGGCCGACAGCAACCGGUUCUUUGUGCACGAGACGAAGGACUUCUGGCGUCAGAUCAAGACUGCUGGUUCCGCCGUGCCUGCCAACGCGCUCUACCUUCAGAAGGCCUUCCAGGCACAGUCCGAGGAGCUGACUGCUCCCUCUGCGACCAUUGUGCCCCCAGUCUUCAUCCACCCCACUGCCACCGUGGACCCCACCGCCAAGCUCGGCCCGAACGUCUCGAUUGGUGCCCGUGUGGUCGUUGGCGCCGGUGCUCGUAUCAAGGACGCCAUCGUCUUGGAAGACUCAGAGAUCCGUCAUGAUGCCUGCGUGAUGCAUUCCAUCAUCGGCUGGAGUAGCCGCGUCGGUGCCUGGGCUCGUGUGGAAGGUACCCCCAUCCCCUUGGGCAGCCACUCCACUAGCAUCAUCAAGCAGGGCGUGAAGGUGCAGAGCAUCACCAUUCUCGGCAAGGAAUGCGCUGUCGGCGACGAGGUCCGCGUGCAGAACUGUGUGUGCCUGCCAUACAAGGAACUCAAGCGUGAUGUUGCCAACGAGGUCAUCAUGUAG